AUGAAUAUUAUUAGUCUGGUUUCCUUAUACGUCUAUACAAAUUCCCUUAUCCACUCACACAAGCAGCUCUACUUCUCCAAGCCUCUUGAUGUAGCAGCUGCUCGGCCUUUUGAAGGCAUGAAGAAGCCGGUGACUCUCGGUGGUACGACAGUGUCGUCUCUACCACAAGCUAGAGGUCAGGUGCCCCCUGGUGGCCCCAACCCAUGCACCAACAUCCCCAGACGCGGUGACGGCCACUGCAGCAAAUGA